AUGGAUCCGAAGCAUGGCUACCCCUACCCGUACCCUUACCCCACGCAAGGUACGAGCGUUUACGAGUCUAAUUUCUUCCGAAGGAUGAAUGGACGUGUUGAAAAUUAGACGGCAUCAAUCAAGAGAGGAGGAGAUAUGUUUUCUUGAUUUCAUCCCGCCUGCCACUCUGCCUGUUAUCUCAAAGAAUUGAACCGCAGAAAUAUAACACAGUAAGUCAACGACUGAAUACAUGACAGGGUACUACCAGGGCCCACCGGUGAUGGCGCCGCCGCAGUACGCUGCCCCACCACCGCCCCAACGAUCAUCCGGCUUCCUCGAGGGAUGGUAAGUCUCCCCAGCACGCCUCCAACCCAUUUCCGUUCUCUAGGUCUCAAGAAAUCUGUCCGUCCGUCGCUUACGCCGGUCCCUGGUAACCCUCGGAACUACGCGUCCUGGUUUUCUCGCGUACUACCCACCCAUCGCCCAUCGCCCCUCGCCCAUCACCCAUCACCCUUCACAAACUGUUAUGCGUCCAUCGGUGACUACGGUCGGAUCCGUGAUCCCCACUUUCUCAACCUGUUUGUCCAUUGGUUUCUGAGCAAACGUCCCUCUCCCAACCCUAAACGACGACACUUCGCGCUUUUCUCGUGAUGGUGACAGCCUGGCUGCGGUCUGCUGUUGCUGCCUGAUCGACGAGUGCUGCUGCGACCCCUCCAUUAUCUUCAUCAGCUGA